AUGACAGCUGGUACCAAUGUCAAAGAGGGCAUUAUGACCUUUGGCCAAUUGGCCACAAGAAAGAAAUCAAUGGAGUCAUUGAAACGCGAGAUGGACGAGACUACAGACGCAAAUGGCGAACCCAAACUGAAAAAGUGUCUGACAGUGUUUGAUCUGUUGGCAUUUGGCGUUGGAUCAAUCAUUGGUUCGGGUAUAUUCGUGUUGACAGGUGUCGCCGCCAAGGAGAAAGCUGGACCAGGCGUCGUCCUGUCCUACCUCAUCUCAGGUUUUGCAUGCGCGCUGUCUGGCCUGUCGUAUGCAGAGUUUGCCACACGUGUCCCCAGCUCAGGUUCAACAUACUCCUACUCCUAUAUCGUGGUUGGCGAGCUUGUCGCUUGGAUCAUUGGAUGGGACCUCACACUCGAGUACAUGAUUGCCAGCGCGACUGUGGCGAGAGGAUGGAGUGGGUACUUUGGAUCAAUCAUUGACGCGGCCGGAGGCACACUGCCACACCCCUUCGCGCCAUAUGUCCUUGGCCAUGGAUUCUCAUUCGACCUCAUUGCCUGCCUUUCCAUCAUACUGCUGACGAUCAUAAUUGCACUGGGCAUGAAAGAGUCCGCCAGAUUCAACAAGAUAUUCGUGGUGAUCAAGGUGGCCAUUGUGAUCUUUGUCAUCAUCUGUGGAUCAUUCUACACCAACACGGACAACUGGGAACCAUUCCUACCGUUUGGCACCAAAGGUGUAAUGAGUGCUGCGGCCAUAACAUUCUUUGCCUAUUUAGGCUUUGAUGGAGUUUGUAAUGUUGCCGAGGAGGUGAAGAACCCACAGCGCGACCUUCCCAUUGGUAUCCUUGGCUCCCUUGGUAUCUCCACCGCACUCUACCUUGCAGUGAGCGUUGUGAUCACACUCAUGGUACCCUACAAUCAGAUGGACAUCAACGCGCCACUGUCAGUAGCGUUUGGAAACUUUGGAUUGAAGUGGGCACAGAUUAUUGUUAGCAUUGGAGCGUUUGCUGGAUUGACCACGGCACAGCUGUCUGGUCUGAUCAGUCAGCCAAGAUUAUAUUACUCAUUGAGCAGGGAUGGAUUGCUACCAAAAUGGUUCUCAAACAUACAUCCUCGCUUCAAGACACCAUUCAACUCUACAAUAUUCACUGGAGUGUGUGCUGCCGCUGUCGCAGCCUUUGUCGAAAUCGACAUCCUAGCAGACAUGGUCUCAAUUGGCACCCUGCUCUCCUUCUCUCUCGUUGCCACCUGUGUCCUAAUCAUGCGUUAUCCAACAAUCACUCACAAGAGUCAAUCGAAUGCCAAAUGGAUUGUAAAGGACUUCCCUGUAUGGAUGCAACGUCCAUUGUACUUGUGCAUGGCUAUUGCAAUAUGCUCAGCACUAUGUGGCGCCAGCUAUACUUAUGGUAUUCAUUAUGCGAUGGUCAUCGUCUUUGGAGUGCUCGCACUGAUACCUAGUGUGAUCAUGUUCUUCUUGGUCCAGACCAAUGUGCCAUUGGGCUUCAAGUGUCCCCUGGUACCAUUCCUACCCGUGCUCUCAAUCUGGGUCAACAUGUACCUGAUGAUCUCACUGAGUUGGGGCACAUGGGUGCGACUGAUCGUGUGGCUGAUCAUCGGACUGGCCAUCUACGUCUUUUACGGACAGAAGCGAAGUAUUGUUGGCAAGGAGGUGGUGGACAAGGAGCUCAAUGACAUUGGCAGUGACAAGCAAGUCCUGGACGAUGAAUCAAACAAUGAGAAGAUGGACCUGUCCCUUCCACUCAACACAUCAAGCACAGCCCAGCCAUUGCUUGGAGAUGGCAACACCAACACAGACCUGCUGAAUAGCACGAACUCCCUAGGCAUCGAUCCCUCGCCAACAUCCAGUCCCUCAGUCGGCUCAUCAUUGGGCAGUGACCAAGAGUAG